CCCUCUCCCCGGCUGUUUCAUGUAACGUGGCUUUACUAUUCCGUUUCAAUUUUUCUUCCUCUUUUGAUUUUUGGUGUUAUUAUAAUACUCCGUAUUAUUUUCAGAUCUUAAAACGCCCCAAAGCAUUAAAAUCUCAACUGUUGUUUUUCUCUUCUCUAGUGAGGGGAUGUUCUUGAAGAGGCCUGUACCUCUAUGCUGUCCUCUUGUUAAACAGCAGGAGGGGGGCGUCCUUGACUGGACAGUAGUUAUUGAGUAAUUGGAUUGAAUUUUCAAUCACUAACUAAUUUGGGUUGUUAAUGUUAGAUGGGUAAAGGCAAGGGUUUCGGUAAAUUGGGAAGAAUGGUGAGGCAAAGGACUAAGAAAUCUUAUCAGUUGUCUCUUCUUCAGUGUCCCAUUGUUUCUGUUUGGGAUUGUACUUUGCGUAAGAUGACAUACUCAUUUAGACCUGGGUGGGUGUAGUUUGAGGGGGUCAUUAGUUUUUUUACUAGACAUUAGUUUUACUGUUUCAAAAUCGGUACAGGUGAAGAGUCAUGGAGAUGAUGUAUAUGCGUUGGGAAAAUUAGGCAAGUGAGUAUUAGAGUUACAAAACUGAUUUGUGGUUCACAAGAUGGAGUGUGCUAAAGUCGUCCCAUCUGGAUGCGGUGUUAGAAAAGUGAAUAAGAAGCAAGUGAAAGAUGAAAUGGAGCGCAUGAAACAAGCUGAGAAGAAGAAGAGGCGUUUGGAAAAGGCCUUGGCUACAUCUGCAGCAAUCCGCUUUGAAUUAGAAAAGAAGAAGGAACGGCAAAGGCUUGAUGAAGAGGGUGCUGUACUUGCCGAAGCAUAUGGAUGUGGUGUUAGAAAAGUGAAUAAGAAUCAAGUUAAAGAUGAAAUGGAGCGCAUGAAACAAGCUGAGCAAAAGAAGAGGUGUUUGGAGAAUGCCUUGGCUACAUCUGCGGCAAUCCGCUGUGAAUUAGAAAAGAAGAAGGAGCAGCAAAGGGUUGAUGAAGAGGGUGCUGUACUUGCCGAAGCAUCUGGAUGUGGUGUUGGAAAAGUGAAUAAGAAGCAAGCGGAAGAUGAAAUGGAGCGCAUGAAACAAGCUGAGAAAAAGAAGAGGCGUUUGGAGAAGGCCUUGGCUACAUCUGCAGCAAUCCGCUGUGAAUUAAUAAAGAAGAAGGAACAGCAAAGGCUUGUUGAAGAGGGUGCUGCACUUGCCGAAGCAUCUAAAUGUGGUGUUAGAAAAGUGAAUAAGAAGCAAGUGAACGAUGAAAUGGAGCGCAUGAAACAAGCUGAGAAAAAGAAGAGGCGUUUGGAGAAGGCAUUGGCUACAUCUGCAGCAAUCCGCUCUGAAUUAGAAAAGAAGGAACAGCAAAGGCUUGAUGAAGAGGGUGCUGCACUUGCCGAAGCAGUUGCAUUGCACGUCCUACUUGGGGAAGAUUCAGAAGAUCAAGACGGGGUUAUUCUCAAGAACAGGAGAAUAAUAGAUCCGUGGGAUAAUAGUGGGAAAAUCGAUGUACUUUUGGGUGGACGAAGAGAUAAAGACCUAUCAAAAUACCCGUUUGAAGGAGCAGCAGCUGGAUCUGCCUCGGGUAAUCUCAGGUAUGGAUGCAUGUGGAGCCAUUGGGGAAACAACACUAACUGGAUAGUUUCACCCCAAUCUUUGGGAAGAGACAGCGUUGAAAGCCAUAACCCUUGCUCCAAUUACUAAUUUUAGUGGUUAGAACGGUUAGUGUGGAUUGUUUCAAUAUGUAGUCUUGUUAGUUGAUCUGAGCUGUUUACAAUAUUUCAAACAAACUCAUUUUUUUGUCAGUUGUUAAGCUUGUAUUAUCAUGGACAUUUUAAUAGAUUCAAGCUUGCAAUUACUUUUUUUUAUUAUA